GGAUGGCUUCUACCACGCGCAUCUCUCCUCCCUCGGCUUCUGCAGUGCCACCUGGGUGACGGAGGAGGACACCAGGCACGUCUCCAAGUGCAGAGCACUAAUGACAGCAGAGAGGAAAGGGCUUGGUCUGUUCCUCUGCUCACUGUCACCCUUACGGCCUCGAGAGGCAGCCAGCCGCAGUGUCAAGGGUUUGUGAGUUUUGAAAUCAACACUUGGACUCUUGAAGCUGUUGGGAAGAGCCUGAGAAGGGGCAGGGGGUGUUUUGUUCUCCCUUUGGGCUCUGGCACAAGGAAGAUUUCAUGCAUGCUGGACCAGCUUGCUCCCAGCCCCCAUGUGGGUCCUCCUCCCCACGGCCCAGCGCUGGAGCUCAGCUGUUGUGAUGCUGAUGUGGCUGCUCUCCUGCAGUUAUCUGGUUUUUGAGGUGCUGGACUCCCCUGCUUCCUCUCCUUUUUCGAGCAGUCCCUGGUGGUUUGGCAGUUUUGUGCUGUGUUUUUUUCCAAACCGGGUCACGACGCUCCCUUCUGCUUGAAAUAUCCCAGCUCCCAGCUUUCAAACUCUUUGAAUAAUUCAUCUCCGCUCAGUGUGCCUCAGGAGCUGCGGGAUGCUGAAGAGAGGCUGGAGAUGGGAGGCUGUGAGCAAGAGCAGAUACAGCUUGGAUGUGGGGCACAUCUGGGGAAGUCCCAGCUUGGGAUGGAGCAUUGCUGCUGCUGGCAGGGGCUGUGUGCUGAGCGGGCUGUCGCUGGCAGCAGUAGCUUUGGGGAGGCUGCCUGGUGCCUGGAGAGCUUCCCUUGCAUCCCGAAGCCGCCAGAAUGUUCCCAGCACGUUUCCCCAACUGUACCGGGGCUGGCUGGUGCGACGGAUCUGCUGCAUCCUGGCUGUGGGCAGCUGGAAAGUGCUCACCAACACCCCCGGGGACCUCCUGGAGAGAGUCUGCAGCAAUAAGAGAGUGCAGGACGUUGCUGCCAGCCAGGCAUGCAGCUGCAGAAGGGACAGCAAGUUCCAGCAGCAGUGCAAGGAGAAAGUCCUCGGGAUCCUGGCGAGGAUCCAGGCCCCGCUCUGCUUCCCCAUGCUCAGGCUGUGCUGCUGGGCCCUGCUCCGCUUCCUGAGCCGCCUCUUCCUCAGUGUGCAGCUGCACCGGGGGCAGCUGGAGAUGGUGCUGAGGGCUGCCAGGACGCCCAGUGUGCCGCUGGUUUUCCUCUCCACCCACAAAUCCCAGGUGGACGGGCUGCUCCUCUCCUUCCUCCUCUUCUCCCAGGGCCUGGGGGUGCCCAGGGUGAUGGUGGGCAAUUUGACCUGCAGCCCUCGCCUGCGGGCCUUGCUUAGCUGUUUGGGAGCAGUUUUCCUGCCCACGAGGAUGGAGCAGGCUUUGAGUGACCAGGAUGGAGAGCUCCCAGCAGCUGUGCUGGCCUCGUAUGUCGAGGAGGUGCUGAGGAGCCAGCAGCCUCUGGUGGUCUUCCUGGAGGAGCCCUGUGCCCUAUGGCACCUCUCCGUCCCGGCCCGUGCAUGGCUGGCCCCGCUGUACCGCGCUGUGCGGGAUGGUGCUGUGCCUGACAUCCUCCUGGUCCCUGUGGGCAUCGCCUACGACCAGACUCCUGACAGAUUCUGCAGGGAUGGAGCGCACGGUGCUCAGCCCCUCAGCCUCGGGGCCUGCCUCUGGGCUGCGUGCCGAGCUCUGUGCCGAUGCUUCGGCUGCGCUCGUGUGGACUUGGCCCAGCCCUUCUCCUUGCAGGAGUUUGUGGCACAAAGCCUCACCUGCUGGAGCAGCACGGGGAAGCCACUGGAGGAGCUGCUGCCCACCAUCCUUGGUGUGCCACAGCCGGUUUACAGCAGGGCAGAUGGUCCGGAGCACAGAAUGAUCACCAGCUCGGAGGCAGAAGAGGAAACGAUGGUGACAAAGCUGGGCCUGCACGCCCUGAGCGAUGCCAUCGCGUGCUCUGCUGUCACAGCUGUCGGGAUCACAUCGGCGCUGCUGCUGCACAAGCACCGCAAGUGUGUGCGACUCUCCCAGCUCAUGGCAGACUUUGCGUGGCUGCUGGAGGAGACGCUGCUGCGGCAGCAUGACGUGAGCUUCUCGGGGCAGCUCCGUGCCCUGGUGCUGCACAGCUUGACCCUGCUCAGAGCCCACCUCACCCUCUAUCAUCUUGCACCCCUUGGUGAUAUCAUGGUGGUCGUCAAGGACUCAGCAGAGACGCAGUGGGAGCUGAGCCGCCACAGUGCUCAACUUGUGCCUGUCUUUGCCAGUGAGGCAGUGGGAGCCUGUGCCAUCCGUGCCCUGCUGCUGGAGCUGCUGCCCUUUGUGGGGGAGGCCCCCUGCCCCUCCGGCAUCACCUUCAGUGAGGACGAGCUGUACCACAAGAUCCUGGCACUGCUGCAGCUGCUGCCCCCCAGCCUGCUGGGGCUGAAGCCCUGCCAGCCCCUUGACUGCCAGAGCCAGGAUGUCUUGGACAAGCUCACACUGUGUGGGCUGCUGGAGACUGAAGAGGAGGGUGAGCACUGUCUCUGUGAUGUGUCCUCACGGCGAUGCAGCAGGACACUGCCUUGGACUGACCUGGACUUCAGUGACAGCGACAGCGAUGACAACCACCGCAAACGCUGCUUCAGGAUCUGCGAGCCCAAAGACUCACCCGGCUUUCUCCUCUUCUUCUGUCACCUCCUCAGCCCUGUGCUGGCGACCUAUGUGCGAGCAGUGGCUUUCCUGGAGCAAAACAGCUGGCCCCAGCCUGAAGCAAUGUGUGCAUGUGCACUGCAGCAGUUCCUGGCAGAGGAGGACGGUUUGGAGUGCCCCACGUGGAGCCUAGUGCUGAGCACACUGCAGAGCUUCAAGAACAUAGGGGUGCUGAAGGAGAUGCCGAGCCCUUUGGGGCCCCUUCUGCACCUCGUGCAGCCAUUCAGCUCCAGUGAGGGCCAGGGGAAGCUGCGAGCUUUCCUUGAGCAGUUCAUGCAGCUGUAGCCACCAACCAUGCAGAGCAAUAAAGCCGGGAGCAGCAGCUGUC